ACGUUUCAUCCCGAGUGGAUAAGACGCAUUCGCGCGGCUGCGACGCUGGUUUUCGCGUUUACGUUUUUUUUCGGAGGCGUUCGAGCCGCAAUUGUUUUGUAUGCAGCUGCCAGGACCUGGCGGUCGGUGCCUCGCUUUGAAGUGCGCUGCUCCAGCCUGUCGGCUCAGUUGGUGUCGGAGUCGCCUACAGGAGAGACCUAACGUGCGGCAUGGCAGCCUGAAACCAGAGGGAGGAGAAAAGGAGGAGGAGGAAGAAAAGCGCUGUUUUUUUCUCUUUUUUUCUCUUCCUCUCGAGUGCUUUUUCCCCCUUCUUCUUCUUCUCACCAUAAACCGACUCAGACCUGAACGGGACUGUAUGUGUGUGGACGCGUCGCAGGGAGACGAGUACUGUGGAUUAUACGCGUUUUUACCCCCGAUGUGGAUAAAAAACAACAACAACAACUGGAGUUUUAUUUGAGGAGAGAAAAACUCGUGGAUCGAUGAGAGAAGACGGGCGGCCAGAGAGAAGCUCCCCCGCUGACAGAAGAGAGUGAGGAGAUUACAGUAGAAGCUCGGAGGAGGAGCAGGAGGAGGAGGAGGAGGCGAACAGCACACGGGCUCUCCGCCGCCUUCGGAGCCAUGAGCCGGGCGCUUGUGGACCACAUCGCCAGCAGUUUCCGCGAAGAUGCCCCAAGACCCCCGGUGCCGGGGGAGGAGGGCGAGGCGCCCUGCUGCCCCGGCAAACUCGCCGCGAUGAAGCCCCUGGAGCCCCCCAAGUCGGUUCCGCUCGGCUCCCCCGGGUCCUCGGCGAGGAGGAACGAGGACGGACUCGGGGAGCCGGAGGGCAGCGCCUCCCCGGACUCCCCGCUCUCCCGCUGGACGAAGUCGUUGCACUCGCUGCUCGGCGACCAGGACGGGGCGCUCCUCUUCAGGACGUUCCUGGAGCGGGAGAAGUGCGUCGACGCGCUAGACUUUUGGUUCGCCUGCAAUGGUUUCCGGCAGAUGGACGUCAAGGAGACCAAGACGCAGAGAGUCGCCAAAGCCAUCCACAAGCGCUACAUCGAGAACGACAGCAUUGUCGCCAAGCAGCUCAAGCCCGCGACGAAAACCUUCAUCCGGGACAACAUCAAGCGGCAGCACAUCGACUCCGCGAUGUUCGACCAGGCGCAGACGGAGAUCCAAGCCGACAUGGAGGAGCACGCGUACCAGAUGUUUCUGACUUCUGACGUUUACAUCGAGUACGUGCGGACUGGGGGGGAGAACCCGAAUCACGUCCACUCGAGCGGCUUGGUGGACCUGAAAGCCGGAUGUGGAUACAUGCCCACGCUCAUCGAGGAGGAGGAGUGGAGUUGUGAUUUCAAAGCCAAAGCGCUGCUUGGAUUGUCGGCGAAGGCGCAGAGGGCCACCGCGUCCACGCGGGCGGUGGAGGUGAUGGAAAGGGGAUACAGAUCGUACAAGCGAGGAGACGCGCUCAACCCCGGCCACGUGGGCUCCUUCGCCCCGGUCAGCAGCACCAACGACAGCGAGGUGUCCAGUGACGCCCUGACCGACGAUGCCAUGUCCAUGACUGACAGCAGUGUAGAUGGCAUCCCUCCGUACAAACUGGGCUCAAAGAAACAGCUCCACCGAGAGAUGCAGCGCAACAUGAGGAUGAACAGUCAAGUCUCUCUGCCUGCUUUCCCUCGAACUCGCCGUCCUCCGAAGGAGAUGGUCCCGAUGCAGCCGUCGGAGUUCGCAGCUCAGCUCAUCUCCCGCCUGGAGAGCCUGAAGAGAAAGCAGGACACCAUCAACUCUCUGGAGGAGAAGCUGCAGCAGAUUCGGGAGGAGGAGGAAAAAGAAGACGCGGAGAUCGUGGGAAGUGCCCACCAGCUCUCCCCCCACCCCUUGGCCCUCCUCCCCGGCUCCUCUGACGAGGACCCGCAGGCGAUUCUGGACGAACACCUGUCUCGCGUCCUGAAGACCCCCGGCUGCCAGUCCCCCGCUGUCGCCCGCCACUCGCCUCGCUCCGGCUCCCCGGAGCACAGGCCCGCCGCGCGGCCGGGCUUCGGGAACAGGACCCCGGCGAGGACGGGGCCCUCCAGCUCCGACCAAGGGGCCAACUCACCGGCCCCGGGCGCCAGCAGGACCAUCGUGAGCCGGCAGAGCACGAAACACAUCCACCACCACUACAUCCACCAUCACGCCGGUCCCAAGACGAAGGAGCAGAUCGAAAGGGAGGCCGCCCUCAGGGUGCACGACCUGUGCUCCGGCGGCGGCGAGUGUCAGCCGUACGAGCGCAUCCGCAGCCUGGGCAGGGAGGCGUGCGGCGCCGUGUCCACAGACAACUGCGUGGGGCGGUCCAGCUCUCUGUCCAGACGCGUGUGUCUGUCGGGGUUGGAGGACGCAGCAGCGGAGCGGUGUAUGGAGGCCUGCGGGCCGUUACAGCUGCCCAGCGACACAACAGACCCCGCCCAGAAUGUGCUGCAGUGGAUCCUGGAGAGUAAACGACAAGGCCGGCACAAGUCUCACAGUAUCCAGAGCGCCAAGAAGUCCUUCGGCGGCGCGCCCGCGCAGCCGCACAUGUGGGGCGGCGGCGGAAGCUGCGGCCACCUGCGAAGCCACCAGCCGGCCCAGCCGUUCAUCCAGGACACGGCCAUGCCGCCGCUGCCCCCGCCCAACACGUUGGCCCAGCUGGAGGAGGCCUGCCGCCGGCUGGAGGAGGUCUCCACCAAGACCCCCAAGCAACGGCAUCCAAUGUCCAGUGUCCAGCAAGAGAAGAGCCACCUAGUGCCUGUCCAGGCCGAGGGGUCCGUCCCUCCGUCUGUGGCCAGUCCCAGCCCCGUCGGCCUCCAGUCAGAAGAGACGAAGGAGGCGAAAAAGGGUUUAGGAGGCGAGACGGUGGUGACGUAUUUCUUCUGUGGCGAGGAGAUCCCCUACCGGAGGAACAUGAAGAGCCACAGUCUCACCCUGAGCCACUUCAAGGAGCAGCUCCGCAAGAAGGGUAACUACAGGUACUACUUCAAGAAGGCCAGCGACGAGUUCCAGUGCGGCGCCGUGUUCGAGGAGGUGUCAGACGACGGCUCCUUGCUGCCCACCUACCAGGGCAAGAUCCUGGGCAAGGUGGAAAGGAUGGAGUGAGACCUUCCCAUGUUGUGGAUUUUAAAACGGACUCUUCGCACCUCCGCGGACGUACUCCCUUCGUCUGCUCGCGCGCGGGGACGCGUCCUCUUCGGCGGAGACGCUCGGGACUGGAGACGCGGUUGAAGGAACGUUCACGAGGUUUGGGCCGAUGGACCGGAUGAACCAAAGCCAGGAGGACAAGUCAUCGCUGAUACGAGACGAUUGCGUGAGCAGCUCGCCCUGAAGUGAAGAAGAAGAAGAAGAAAAAAGACUGUGUGUUGCUGGAGUGAAACGACUCUGAGACUCUAGGGGAAUGACCACUCCUCCAAGAAGGCCGGGCGGUGGGUUCAAAUCUGAGACUGACGGCCCACCUGACCCCUGCCUGCGCUGGCAUCUGCCCAUGAGGCACCCGCUAGCACGCCGCUAAUAUGUAUAUGCAGAUAUACAUUGCAUUGUAUUGUGAUGCUCGUAUUGCUGUGUGAAGAUUUCUAUUGCUAUUUAUUGGACCCCGCCCCAACCCCAUUAUUCCAUGGACAAGCUGCUUGGAGUUGGAGAAACUUCUCCAAUUUUCCACAUCCGUGAUUUUAUUUUGUCCCUCCUCCUGAGCAUUAGUUCUCAAGCAAAGGAAAUGGGUAUUAUUCAUUUCCCGCCCCUCAUAUUGAACUAUAAACUUCAACAAUACCUCUUAAAAAAACAAAAGUCCACUCCUGUUCCUGUGGAUUGAGCGGGACGUCACCUCUGAUCUCUUGGCUGGAGAGCUACUGCUGAAGCUUUGAGAAAGGCUAUCCAUCACUUAAAAGUUUGAUAAUAUAUUUACUACUGCAGUGCUAUGUGUGGCUACGUCCCCAUCGGCUCUGAGGGGGAAAAAAGAAAAGAAAAUAGAACAAAAAUGCCAUUAACGUUUAAUUCCCCACUCUGGGACUCUGCCCAGCAGCCUUGGUCUGUCGCGUCUUAGUGCCUUUUGUUGAAGCGGCGCAGGCAUCGCACAAGCAGCCUACGUGUUAACUAAGAGGAAAACCGCCCUGAACAGGUCCUAAAGUCCCCAAAAUGUGUUUACACCAAUAUUAAUAUUUACCAACAAAAAGCUCUAUUGUGUGCUCCCCCAACGUGCUUACCGAUGUGAUUGUGUGACUGAGUUGCUUUUGAGUAUUUGAAACCUGCACUAUGAGCUGCAGAUGAUGGUGAUGAUGAUGAUGAUGUAUACACUAUGUCCAUAGUGUUUUAAUUGAGUACAGUAGCUGUGCCUACAUGGAUUCUUGCCGUGUUUUACCCAAUUUUCAGGGUCCUGUUACUCCCUUGGUUUUUACAAGGGGCCUUAUGUUGAAAAGAUAUUUUUAUGCCUUUUUAGUAUCCGUUUCAUCAUGUUUAUGUUUUAUAAUAUUUGUCAUGGCUUCUUUGGCUCCACUUGUAAACUGUAAAUUAUGCGUUCUAUAGAGCUCAGUUGAAAAGAUGCCUCGGUACUUUAAUUAUUGUAAUUAUGAAGAGAUGUAGCCUUUAUUAAAAUGUUCUAUUUUUCAAAUUAUCAAA